AAAUUGGACUCUUUCCUGUUGUGUAAUGAGAGCUUUUAUUUUUAGUUCUCGUCGUAUGUGAUAAUUCGCAAUCAUUUUUAGCUACUUUCUCCGUUUUUUAUUUUGAAUUAUUUGUUGCUAGCUAGCUAGAUAUGUUUCAUUUUUAUACAAGAACGCAACUGACCAGUUAGCUAGGUGGCUAGCUACUCCGAAAAUACGUUAGCUGCUACCGAAGUUAAUGUAUUCUUUAUUCUACGAGUGACUAGCUACUUGUAUGGAACUAAGCGGAUUCCUAUUGGACGGCGAGUGUGUGAGCGAGGAGGCAAAACUCUAGCUAGCUAGCUAAUGAUCUUAGGGCAACUUAAUAAUCUCUUUGCACCAAGUCGGGACUUCAAUUAUUUAUCCGUGUGGAUAGCUAUGGCGCUGGAGAGAGGAGGACCAGUUAUCCGGCCAGGUGCUAUACUCUCGGGCGCGAAUUGGAUGGUGUUCAAAAGUGGGGACGGUGUGAAGGCUGACGGCUCUCCAGGACUGAGUUGCAGACAGAAGUUAUUAAUGAUGGAAUUACAAACAUUACAGGAGGCCCUGAAAGUGGAAAUACAAGUCCAUCAGAAACUAGUUGCCCAGAUGAAACAGGAUCCACAGAAUGCUGAUUUGAAGAAACAGCUCCAUGAACUUCAAGCCAAGAUAACGGCACUGAGCGAGAAGCAGAAGAAGGUGGUGGAGCAGCUGAGGAAGGACCUGCUGGUGAAGCAGGAGCCGCCGGAGAUCAAGGCGCAGACGCAGACGCAGCCGGCGGAGAACAAGCACCCCACGCAGCCGCCGCAGCCCGACGGCAAGGCCCCGGCCCCGCCCUCGGCCCAAACGCCCCUGUCCCUGCCUCCCCAGAACCUGAGCGCCCACCAGAGGACCGUGACGGUCACCCCGGUCAUCACCACUAAGACUCUACCUCUGGUGCUGAAAGCCGCCACCCCCACUAUGCCCGCUUCAGUGGUGGCGCAGAGGCCCACCGUCGCCAUGGUGACCGCCAUCUCCAGCACGCCCAAGCCCAGCGUCGCCGUCAACUCCGACUCGCAGACCGCGCCCAUCAACCUCCAGACGUCCGGCAAGCUGACCAAUCAGGGAGCGGAGUCCAUGCGGAUCGUCUCCAAGAACGCCGUCGUUGUGCAGGCCACCUCCACUGCCCAGCCAAUCAAAGUGCCGCAGUUCAUCCCUCCCCCGCGCCUGACGCCUCGGCCCAACCUCCUGCCACAGGUCCGGCCCAAGCCCAUCACUCCCAACAACGUGCCCAUCGCCCCGGCGCCCCCGCCCAUGAUGGCCGCCCCCCAGCUGCUCCAGCGGCCCGUGAUGCUCACCACCAAGCUGACGGCCACCUCGCUGCCCUCCGCCGCCGGGCCCAUCCACCAGGUGCGCAUCAUGAACGGCCAGCCCUGCUCCACCGUGGCCAAGACCCUCCCCACGGGCCAGCUGACCGGCAUCGUCAUCACCACCCCCGCCACCGCCCGCCUGGCCGGCCCCCAGACCCUGCAGAUCAGCAGCCUGAGCCCUGACACCAAGCUGGGCACUAAGGAGGCGAGAUGUGGCCGCUUCUCCUUUCAGACUGUUAAAGUGCAGGGCGGGGCAGAUCGAAAGGCCACAGCGACCACCCCGUCCUCCCCCUCCACUCCUCCUCCCCCCGCACCCAAGUCCAAACACGAGGAGAGCCCCCAGAAACUGGCCUUCAUGGUGUCUCUAGGGCUGGUGACACACGACCACUUGGAAGAGAUCCAGAGCCGGAGGCAGGAACGCAAGCGGAGGACGACGGCCAAUCCAGUUUACAGCGGGGCGGUGUUCGAACCAGAGCGCAAGAAGAGUGCCGUGACCUACCUGAACACCCUGCACCAAGGCACCAGGAAGAGAGGUCGCCCUCCCAAAUACAGCAGCGUUCCUGAGCUGGGCGGCCUCACCCCGAGCUCCCCCUCCAGCUGUCAUCCCGCCUCCCCGGCCCCCACCAAGCUGGAGACGGGGGGCUGUCACUUCCCCGCCCACCCCCACACCCUCCCUCUGCCCAGCCCCAGCUCGGGGGAUGGAGACAUCCAUGAGGAUUUCUGCACUGUGUGCAGACGCAGUGGCCAGUUGCUCAUGUGUGACACGUGCUCUCGUGUCUACCACCUCGACUGCCUGGAGCCAGCCCUGAAAACCAUUCCCAAGGGCAUGUGGAUCUGCCCUAAAUGUCAAGACCAGAUUUUGAAGAAAGAGGAAGCCAUUCCUUGGCCAGGAACCCUGGCAAUUGUCCAUUCCUACAUCGCAUACAAAGCAGCUAAAGAGGAGGAGAAGCAGAAGUUGGUGAAAUGGAGCUCGGAGCUGAAGCAGGAGCGGGAGCAGUUGGAGCAGAGGGUGAAACAGCUCAGUAACUCCAUAACGAAAUGCAUGGAGACCAAGAACACCAUCCUGGCCCGGCAGAAGGACAUGCAGGCCUCGCUGGAGAAGGUGAAGGGCCUGGUGCGUCUCAUCCAGGGCAUCAACCUCGUCCAAUCCCUGCAGGCCCCGGAGGCUGUGGCCAAUGGCACGACGGACUGCGUGAGCGGAGGCGGGGCCGGGGGCGGGGCCGGGGGCGGGGCCGGGGGCGGGGACGAGGGCUGCGGAGACGGCGAUGACGGCACGGGCGACAAAGAGGCGGAGAACGACCCCGUCGGCCAGCCCAGCGCCGAAGACCCGGGGCCGGCCCAGGAGGCCCAGGAGGCCGAGGAGAAAGUAGACGAGAAAGUAGACGUCACAAACAGCAGCAGCAGCAACAACAACAACCUCAAAACUUCAGAGCCUUCCCCAGCCCCCGCGCCCACCCCCGUCGACAGCUCAGACAGCGCAAAAUAACACCUGCCCCCUCCCCACACAGGACAGGAACCUCCACCCCUCCUCCCCCACCCAAAACAUCGGAGAGACAGCCCACUUGCACCCUGGAAUGGUGCCCCAAGUUGCCAAUCAAUAUAUAUGUACAUAUAAAUAUAUAUAUAUUUUUUGUUUUGGUUUUUGUUUUUGGUUGUUGUCUCGUAUCGUUGGACUGUCAACCGUAGAUCUGCAUCCAGAGUGCCAGCCUUGGGAACAGGCGAGGACCCCCAAAAAAGAACAGAAAAAAUAACAAGGGCGGCUUUUGUACCAGCGUCAUGCCAAUUAAAACACAGAAAAGAACACGAUGAAUAAUAAUAGAGAUGAUGAUGAUGAUUAUAAUAAUAAUAAUAAUUUAAAACAUCACACCAGAGUGUGCCUGCAAC